GUGGUGGCGGUGCUGCGCGCGCUGACGUCACCGCUCGAUAAUGGCCGCCGCCCGCCGCUCGCCGGCCCCCCGCGGCACCCGUCGCCCGAGCUCAGUCUAUCGUCGACCCGCCGCCGGACCGAGUGCCUCACACGUAUAGCGCUCCGUGCAUCCAAAGUUCGCGGACCCGAAUGUGAUUCUGUACAGUGUUUUCGUGUGUACCAUGGUGACGGUGUUUUUAUCAGCCGGUUUGAUAAAUCUGUGACAAUUUACAAGAGAAACGAGGAAAACCGAUCUCUCGCGCUCCGCGCUCCACCCGGCGGCGAGAUGUCGGUGAUGCAGAAGAGACAACACUGCUACCUGUGUGACUUGCCCCGUAUGCCGUGGGCAAUGUUGCACGAGUUUUCGGAGGCGGUGUGCCGCGGGUGUGUGAACUACGAGGGCGCAGACCGCAUCGAGGUGGUGCUGGACACAGCGCGCCAGCUCAAGCGCGCGCACGGCUUCCAGGAGGGCCGCGCGCCGCACAAGGCGCAUCGGCCGCCUCUGGACGCUCAUCAGAAUGGCGCCGACGCCCGCACCCAGCCCGCACCGCCCGCCCACCACGCGCCGGGCGCCGGCUUCACGCUGCACCACCAGCGCCCCGCCACCGCCACCGCCGGCCUGCUGGCCGAGUACGGGAGUCGCCGCGAUGAGCACGAGGGCCGCCGACUGGCGCACCUGCCCGCGCAUCACUUGCCCGCGCACGGUGGGGCAAGGCUUGCCCCUGGCCUAACGCUCAAGAGGCCGCUCGAUGAUGACGACCACCAAACACAUCAUGAGCCAACCAAGAGAUUGCUUGAGGAGCACUCGAGGCCACCGCUGACUCGCGGAGAUUCUCUUCCCGCUGUUUCGCUGGCCGCUGCUUCUUUCGCACAAGAUCGUGUCUUCAAACAGGAAAAACAUCCUUUACGCACACCUUCCUUCGACGGCACAUCAUUCAAAUCAAACGGCUACGGUAACGCCGCCCCUUUGACAAAUGGCUCAGCCGGGUCCCCGCUGGGACGCACUGCGGGCUCUCCACCAGUGACAGGAGCGGGAGGUGCCGGACCUUCACCCAUGGCGGCGCUAAUGUCCGUGGCUGACACACUACCCCCGGGCUCUCCCCGAUCGGCCGGAGGAUCACCACCACAACCUCCGCCGCAACGCUCAGCCAGCCGAUCGAGCCAACACUCACCCAACUCCUCAGGGUCGAACGGCGGGCGGCGGUCGUCGGGCUCCCGGCACGUGUCUUCGACGACGUCAGUGUCGUCGACGGAAGCAAACGAGGGCGCGGAGGCAGCCGCCACUGCACCGACUCCUCUGCUCAAGUGCACACUGUGCCAGGAGCGACUUGAAGACACGCAUUUCGUGCAGUGCCCCAGCCAGCCGCACCACAAGUUCUGCUUCCCCUGCUCUCGGGACUCCAUCAAACGACAGCAGGGAUCUGAGGUAUACUGUCCAAGUGGGGAAAAAUGCCCCCUGGCGAACUCAACGGUCCCGUGGGCGUUUAUGCAGGGCGAAAUCGCGACGAUCUUAGGCGAGGAGUUUAAGCCGAAGAAGGAGCGAGAGACCUAGGGAAACGCAUCGCCGCUCCGAUAUUACCUCUUGUCCCUCUCGAUGUGAAUGCACGGGAGGAGUGACGACUAGCCGCGGCACGCGGCCGCAAGCGCUCGACGCGCGGCUCCGCGGCGGAGCGACGCCAGCCGUCGCUCGGACACACCGACACAUUUGUAUAUAACUUUGUAAAUAUUCAAGUUUAACUUUAGUUCGCUCGCCGGUGGCUGUCGAUUGUCGAAGUAUCGGAAGUAGGUUUCCGCGGUCGCAAGUGGCGCAGGAACAUUCGGCCGCGGCAGUAUGAGCCGUGUGUACUGCAUUGGCCUUGUCGUUUUCUUUGAUUGUUUCGGGGCAGUCGACGAAUCGGGCGACGUCGACGGAACCCUCCAGGAUUCUGAAAAUAGUACAUAUCCGUUUCGAUUAUAAUUAUGUCUCGUCGACCCGCGUUAUUCACGGGAGAAUUGUAUUGAUCUGAAGCCGUUCUCUUCCAGUGUUGUAGUUUCGUGAAAGGGCGGCCCGCGCCAUCCUGUGAGCGGGAUUUAUUCGGAUGCCAUUUUCUUAGUUACCUUUAGGUUCCGAACCAUAGCGAACUUGGCAUUUAUUUAUGUGAUUCUUGUAUACUGUACGAGUAUUAUGCGAUAUCAUGAUCAUGACAUAUUUUUUGUAGUCGAGAGUACUGAUUGUAAAAACGUAGUAGUUGGAUAUCGGAAGCGUAACGCUCCAUGUACGGGCCGUAGCUCAAUGUAUAUUUGUAUUUAUUACAUUCAGCGCAUGCGAAAUAAUCUUAUUUUAUAAAGCGAUUUAUUCAGAGUGGCUCGAGUUCCGUUACUGUCUUGCAUUCGACGAACAGAUUCGGUAUGGUGAAAUUUUUUGUGUACUUCUUUGUUAGCGACGUUACAUUGGAUUGGAAAUCACUCAAAAUUCUAGUUAUUGGCGCUCGGCUAAGCGUGGCAGCGUCAGCAUUUGAGUUGAUUAUUUUGUUAGGAUAAUGAAUGCAUUGUUGGGUCAGGAAAGGCGCGUGGGCCGACCCGAUCCGGCAUCGGUUCGGCUCCGGGCCGGCGCGCGCCCCUUCGUGGCAGUAUUAGCGGGAUCGCUUUGCACGUGGAGGAGGCGUACCUAGUCAUUUUGUGAAAUGUCAAAUUGUCAGAUCCGCGAACACGCGGCCAUUAUAGGAACUCUUAAAACUCGCUGCUAUAUUUGUAUAAAGUGAAGUAAUCAUUAUAUAAUUAUCAUUAUAUAUGUCAUAAUGUUAAACGAUUCGUAGUGUACGUCAAUUUCGAACGCUAUCAGACGACGGAUUGGCUUCAGUUAUUUUUGUUUAUUUGUGCAUUUCUAACAGAUUUUACAAUCUUAUAGUGUGAUGAUAAUAAUAUAUUCAUUUAGAUGUCUCUGUAUUCACAAUAUUUAAAUACGAUUUGCUAACAUUCGAGUACAUAAUCACAAGUUAAGACUAUAUUGAUAGAUAAUAGCCUCGUAAUAUUAUGUAUGCAUACAUUUUCUGAGUAAGUUACGCGCACGUGGGUGACAGUUUACGUUACAAACUUACCUACAUCGGACGUUUUCCAUUUGUUAGUUUUAUAUAUUUAAUGAGACGUAUGCAAGUCUUUAAACACUGACUAUAGAACGUUCAAUUAAAUUGACAAGUCUAUUAUUUAUUUUAGAUGUUAUAUGUGUAAAUAUAUACGUACGUUGUAUAUACUUUGUCUACUUGUAAAUAUUUUAGAUAACUUUGUGUAUACGGUCGUACUAUUUGAAGCCUUUGAUCCAGUAUUAGUAGGAACUUUGAGCUUUGGUAUAAUUUCUUAUAUUUUAUGUUAAUUCAAGAUGUGUAAUAAUUUCGUUGCAACACAUGAUUUCUUUUAAUGUUGUCUUCUAUUUUCCUAAAUGUACUUUGCCACGUUAUAUUACUUGAAAAUCGAUGUGUUUAAAUCACUUUUUUAUUUGCUUUGACAUUUUCUGCGCUACUUAGCGUCGUGUUUCUGAUAGUUUCGAAAUUGAUAAGUAGUAUUAUCAGUGAAAUGCUGGAAUUCACCCGACGGACGGGUUUGUCAUGUGUUGAAAUACACGCCAGAUUGUGGCAAAAAUAAAUUUUGUAAGCACACAAUGUGCAUCUUAUUUUUACUCUUUUGAUAUGUUAAAUGAUGCAACUGAUCAGCGCGGAAAGGAUUUUUGAGUGUUAUAUUAAAGUUUUAAUGUGUGCAAACUGCAAAGUAACAAAAUGUAAGUGUGAAGUAACGUGAUGUUUGGAGGCAAACGUCGUGUUUAUUUCUAAUGUAAAUGUUAAAAAUGUUUUAUACGAAGGGAGGUUAUUAAUGUGCGUUUCAUGCAUUAACGUGGCAAUCGGACGGAUUUUUUUACCAGCCACAUUUUUUGUAAUUGCACAAAAAGAAAAGAAUUGUUUUGUUUCAUUUAACAUAUCAAAACGAUAUAAUCCGCCUUUACAAAUAGGCUUGUUUGUAGUUGUCGACAGUGGCUCGACACGAAAAUAUAUACUUUUGAGAAUUGUCUCUUUCUUACUGUAAGCAGCAAGUGAAAUGCUUCGAUUAAGACGUUAAUGUACAUGUUGGUGAAAUACAAUUGAUGUGAUUUUGUAUAA